CCUCCAGGGGAGGCUGCCCCACUGACUUGUGGCCCCCGCCAAGGACCCGGCUGUGGCUGAGCACUGCUGUGCCAGGCCCCGUUCUGACAUGAAAGCCAUGCCCUGGAGCUGGACUUGCCUGCUCUCCCACCUCCUGAUGGUGGGCAUGGGCUCCUGCACACCGCUCUCCCCGCAGCCCGCUGCGCCGGCCCAGAAGCGAUCUUUUGCCACUUUCCGAGGGGAGCCCGGCGAGAGCUUCAAUCACCUGGUGGUGGAUGAGAGGACAGGGCACAUUUACCUAGGGGCUGUCAACCGGAUCUACAAGCUGUCGGGCAACCUGAAGGUCUUGGUGGCCCACCAGACAGGGCCGGAUGAGGACAACCCCAAAUGUUACCCGCCCCGCAUUGUGCAGACGUGUGCCGAACCCCUGACCACCACUGACAAUGUCAACAAGAUGCUGCUCAUUGACUACAAGGAGAACAGGCUGAUCGCGUGCGGGAGCCUCUUCCAGGGCGUGUGCAAGCUGCUGAGGCUGGACGACCUCUUCAAGCUGGCCGAGCCCUUCCACAAGAAGGAGCACUACCUGUCGGGGGCCAACGGCAGCGGCGCCGUCUUUGGCGUGAUCGUCUCUUACAGCGAUCUGGAUGACAAGCUCUUCAUCGCCACGGCUGUGGACGGCAAACCCGAGUACUUUCCCACCAUCUCCAGCCGCAAGCUGACCAAGAACUCGGAGGCAGACGGCAUGUUUGCAUAUGUCUUCCAUGACGAGUUUGUGGCUUCCAUGAUCAAGAUCCCCUCGGACACCUUCACCGUCAUCCCCGACUUCGAUAUCUACUAUGUCUAUGGUUUCAGCAGUGGCAAUUUUGUCUACUUUCUGACCCUUCAGCCCGAGAUGGUGUCCCCGCCAGGCUCCACCACCAAGGAGCAGGUGUAUACCUCCAAGCUGGUGAGGCUCUGCAAAGAGGACACGGCCUUCAACUCCUACGUGGAGGUGCCCAUUGGCUGCGAGCGCAGCGGGGUGGAGUACCGCUUGCUGCAGGCUGCCUACCUCUCCAAAGCUGGGGCUGUGCUUGGCCGCACGCUCGGGGCCCGUCCAGAUGAUGACCUGCUCUUCACUGUCUUCUCCAAGGGCCAGAAGCGCAAGAUGAAGUCCCUGGAUGAGUCGGCCCUGUGCAUCUUCAUCCUGAAGCAGAUCAAUGACCGCAUUAAGGAGCGCCUGCAGUCCUGCUACCGGGGCGAGGGCACGCUGGACCUGGCCUGGCUCAAGGUGAAGGACAUCCCUUGCAGCAGUGCGCUCCUAACCAUCGACGAUAACUUCUGUGGCCUGGACAUGAAUGCCCCCUUGGGAGUGUCGGAGAUGGUGCGUGGCAUCCCCGUCUUCACGGAGGACAGGGACCGCAUGACCUCCGUCAUCGCCUACGUGUACAAGAAUCAUUCUCUGGCCUUCGUGGGCACCAAGAGUGGCAAGCUGAAGAAGAUCCGGGUGGAUGGGCCCAGGGGCAAUGCUCUCCAGUACGAGACUGUGCAGGUGGUGGAGCCCGGCCCUGUCCUCCGGGAUAUGGCCUUCUCCAAGGAUCAUGAGCAACUCUACAUCAUGUCAGAAAGACAGCUCACCAGAGUGCCCGUGGAGUCCUGUGGUCAGUACCAGAGCUGCAGCGAGUGCCUGGGCUCGGGCGAUCCUCACUGUGGUUGGUGUGUGCUCCACAACACGUGUUCUCGCAAGGAACGGUGUGAGCGGUCCAGGGAGCCUCGCAGGUUUGCCUCGGAAAUGAAGCAAUGUGUCCGGCUCACCGUCCAUCCCAACAACAUCUCUGUUUCUCAGUACAACGUGUUGCUGGUCCUGGAGACGUACAAUGUCCCAGAGCUGUCAGCGGGGGUCAACUGCACCUUCGAGGACCUGUCAGAGAUGGACGGUCUGGUGGUUGGCAACCAGAUCCAGUGCUACUCUCCUGCAGCCAAGGAGGUACCCCGCAUCAUCACCGAGCACGGGGACCACCACGUGGUGCAGCUGCAGCUCAAGUCCAAGGAGACGGGCAUGACCUUUGCCAGUACCAGCUUUGUUUUCUACAACUGCAGUGUCCACAACUCCUGCCUGUCCUGCGUGGAGAGUCCUUACCGCUGCCACUGGUGCAAAUACAGGCAUGUGUGCACCCACGACCCCAAGACCUGCUCUUUCCAGGAAGGCCGAGUGAAGCUACCUGAGGACUGCCCCCAGCUGCUGCGAGUGGACAAGAUUCUGGUGCCCGUGGAGGUGAUCAAGCCCAUCACACUGAAAGCCAAGAACCUGCCCCAGCCACAGUCUGGUCAACGCGGCUACGAGUGCAUCCUGCAUAUCCAGGGCAGUGGGCAGAGGGUGCCCGCCCUGCGCUUCAACAGCUCCAGCGUGCAGUGCCAGAACACGUCUUACUCCUAUGAAGGCAUGGGCAUCAACAACCUGCCCGUGGAGUUGACGGUCGUGUGGAACGGGCACUUCACCAUCGACAACCCGGCUCAUAAUAAAGUUCACCUCUACAAAUGUGGAGCCAUGCGUCAGAGCUGUGGGCUGUGCCUCAAGGCUGACCCAGACUUUGAGUGUGGCUGGUGCCAAGGUCCAGGCCAGUGUACCCUGCGCCAACACUGCCCUGCCCAUGAGAGCCGGUGGCUGGAGCUGUCCGGGGCCAACAGCAAGUGCACGAACCCUCGCAUCACAGAGAUCAUCCCAGUGACAGGCCCCCGGGAAGGAGGCACCAAGGUCACGAUCCGUGGAGAGAACUUGGGCCUGGAGUUCCGUGACAUCGCCUCCCAUGUGAAGGUGGCGGGUGUGGAGUGCAGCCCGCUGGUGGAUGGCUACAUCCCAGCAGAGCAGAUCGUGUGUGAGAUGGGAGAGGCUAAACCCAGCCAGCAUGCAGGCUUCGUGGAGAUCUGCGUGGCCGUGUGCCGGCCCGAGUUCAUGGCCCGCUCCUCACAGCUCUACUACUUCAUGACGCUGACUCUCUCAGAUCUAAAGCCCAGUCGGGGGCCCAUGUCUGGGGGCACUCAAGUGACCAUCACGGGAACCAACCUGAAUGCAGGCAGCAACGUGGUGGUGAUGUUCGGGACCCAGCCCUGCCUCUUCCACAGGCGCUCUCCCUCCUACAUCGUCUGUAACACCACAUCCGCAGACGGUGUGCUGGACAUGAAAGUGACUGUGCAGGUGGACAGGGCCAAGAUCCGCCAGGACCUCGUCUUCCAGUACGUGGAGGACCCUACCAUAGUGCGGAUUGAGCCGGAGUGGAGCAUCGUCAGUGGUAACACACCCAUCGCCGUCUGGGGCACUCACCUGGACCUCAUACAGAAUCCUCAGAUCCGUGCCAAGCAUGGAGGCAAGGAACACAUCAACGUCUGUGAGGUCCUCAAUUCCACCGAGAUGACGUGCCAGGCCCCAGCUCUCACCCUGGGUCCCGACCACCAGUCGGACCUGACUGAGAGGCCCGAGGAGUUUGGCUUCAUCUUGGACAACGUCCAGUCCCUGCUUAUCCUCAACAAAACCAACUUCACCUACUACCCCAACCCUGUGUUUGAAGCUUUUGGUCCCUCCGGAAUACUGGAGCUUAAGCCUGGCACACCCAUCAUCCUAAAGGGCAAGAACCUGAUCCCACCCGUGGCAGGGGGCAAUGUGAAACUGAACUAUACUGUGCUGGUCGGGGAGAAGCCGUGCACCGUGACCGUGUCGGACGUGCAGCUGCUGUGCGAGUCCCCCAACCUCGUCGGCAGACACAAAGUGAUGGCCCGAGUCGGUGGCAUGGAGUACUCCCCAGGAAUGGUGUACAUCACGCCCGACAGCCCGCUCAGCCUGCCCGCCAUCAUCAGCAUCGCGGUGGCCGGAGGCCUGCUCAUCAUCUUCAUAGUGGCCGUGCUCAUCGCCUACAAGCGCAAGUCCCGCGAGAGUGACCUUACCCUGAAGCGGCUGCAGAUGCAGAUGGACAACCUGGAGUCCCGUGUGGCCUUGGAGUGCAAGGAAGCUUUUGCCGAGCUGCAGACGGACAUCCAUGAACUGACCAGUGACCUGGACGGAGCCGGGAUCCCCUUCCUGGACUACAGAACCUACACCAUGCGGGUUCUGUUCCCAGGAAUAGAAGACCACCCUGUGCUCCGGGACCUGGAGGUCCCAGGCUACCGGCAGGAGCGUGUGGAGAAAGGCCUCAAGCUCUUUGCCCAGCUCAUCAACAGCAAGGUCUUCCUCCUGUCUUUCAUCCGCACGCUGGAAGCCCAGCGCAGCUUCUCCAUGCGCGACCGUGGCAACGUGGCCUCGCUCAUCAUGACCGUGCUGCAGAGCAAGCUGGAGUACGCCACCGAUGUGCUCAAACAGCUGCUGGCCGACCUCAUCGACAAGAACCUGGAGAGCAAGAACCACCCCAAGCUGCUGCUCAGGAGGACAGAGUCGGUGGCUGAGAAGAUGCUGACCAACUGGUUCACCUUCCUGCUCUACAAGUUCCUCAAGGAGUGUGCUGGGGAGCCCCUCUUCUCCCUGUUCUGCGCCAUCAAGCAGCAGAUGGAGAAGGGCCCCAUCGACGCCAUUACGGGGGAGGCGCGCUACUCCCUGAGUGAGGACAAGCUUAUCCGGCAGCAGAUCGACUACAAGACCCUGGUCCUGAGCUGCGUCAGCCCAGACAACGCCAACAGCCCCGAGGUCCCAGUGAAGAUCCUCAACUGCGACACGAUCACUCAGGUCAAAGAGAAGAUUCUGGAUGCCAUCUUCAAGAAUGUGCCCUGCUCCCACCGGCCCAAGGCCGCAGAUAUGGACCUGGAGUGGCGGCAAGGAAGUGGGGCCAGGAUGAUCUUGCAGGAUGAAGACAUCACCACCAAAAUUGAGAACGACUGGAAGAGACUCAACACAUUGGCCCAUUACCAGGUGCCGGAUGGUUCUGUGGUGGCUUUGGUGUCCAAGCAGGUGACAGCCUACAAUGCAGUGAACAACUCCACCGUCUCCAGGACCUCAGCAAGCAAAUAUGAAAACAUGAUCCGGUACACGGGCAGCCCUGACAGCCUCCGCUCCCGGACGCCCAUGAUCACUCCUGAGCUGGAGAGUGGGGUGAAGCUGUGGCACCUGGUGAAGAACCAUGAACACGGAGACCAGAAGGAGGGAGACCGGGGCAGCAAGAUGGUGUCCGAGAUCUACCUGACACGGUUGCUGGCCACCAAGGGCACGCUGCAGAAGUUUGUGGAUGACCUUUUCGAGACCAUCUUCAGCACAGCCCAUCGGGGCUCUGCCCUGCCCCUGGCCAUCAAGUACAUGUUUGACUUCCUGGACGAGCAGGCUGACAAGCACGGCAUUCAUGACCCGCACGUGCGCCACACCUGGAAGAGCAACUGCUUGCCCUUGCGGUUCUGGGUCAACAUGAUCAAGAACCCACAGUUCGUGUUCGACAUUCACAAGAACAGCAUCACGGACGCCUGCCUGUCGGUGGUGGCCCAGACCUUCAUGGACUCCUGCUCCACGUCGGAGCACCGCCUGGGCAAGGACUCGCCCUCCAACAAGCUGCUAUACGCCAAGGACAUCCCCAGCUACAAGAACUGGGUGGAAAGGUAUUACUCGGACAUCGGAAAGAUGCCUGCCAUCAGCGACCAGGACAUGAAUGCAUACCUGGCUGAGCAGUCGAGAAUGCACAUGAAUGAGUUCAACACCAUGAGCGCUCUCUCUGAGAUCUUCUCCUACGUGGGCAAAUACAGUGAGGAGAUUCUGGGACCUCUAGACCAUGAUGACCAGUGUGGGAAGCAGAAGUUGGCCUACAAACUAGAGCAAGUCAUGGCCCUCCUGAGCUUAGACAGCUGAGAACCGUCCUUUCCAGGGCCACCCUGGAGGGAGGGACACACCAAGCCGUGCCUCAGUCUAGAUUAUCAUCUUUACCAAGUGCAAGUCCGACUGGCAUCAGCAGCAUCCCCCGGGCAGCGCUGCCCGUCUCUGCCCUCACCCCCACGCCCAUCUCUCCCUCCUUCCUGACUCCCCCAUCUUUCAGUUGCUCUGUCAACAAGGCUGGACCAGGUCACUGACUCUACAUUGGUUCCAGGAUUGGCCAGAAUCCAUCUAAGGAACCUGGCCAAGAUGCCAGUGGAGGAUUUCUCCCGCCAGCUAACCCCUUUGACCGGCCGUG